AUGUCAUCCAACAUCAUCGUUGAAUGCCCAAGAGAGUCAGCGCCGUUGCUGAACUCCCACCCCUCCGAGGCCACCUUAACAAACAUCCCAAUUCACAACGAGACCGAAGGCAUUCCUUUUGACGAUGAGCUUAGUGUAUCUCGCGUGUCACUCAUCAAGCAAGAAGCCUGGUGGCUAUUCAUCUCCUCAAUCCCGCUAUCCAUGUCAUAUUUUCUCCAAAGCUCAUUCAACUUUAUCAGCAUCCUCAGCGUCGGCAGGCUCGGCGUCAACGAGCUCGCGGCGGCAUCAUUAGGCCUAAUGAUGAUAAACUUUAUCGUGCUCAUGCCUGGAAUCGGCCUUGCGAGCGCACUCGAGUCUUUUUGUAACUCGGCAUUUACAGCGUCUAGCGACAAGACGCGGGUGGGAUUCCAUGCGCGGCGUGGGUUAUUCGCUGUCACUUUGCAGUUGAUCCCGACGGCUGUUUUGUUCCUGUUUAUGGACCAGCUUCUUUUGCUGCUGGGCCAGACGCCUGAGGUGUCAGAACUGUGUGGGCAGUUUUUGCGCGUCUGGUUGGUGGGAAGCUGGCCGCUGCUGGCCUAUGAGUGUCUGAAGCGCUUUGUCCAGGCACAGGGUAUUAUGAAGGCGAGCACAUGGGUGAUGGUCUUGGUCGCACCGGUGCAUAUAUAUGCUAGCUACGCGCUUGUGUGGUCUCCGAGCACGGGUGUGGGAUUCAUUGGUGCGCCAUUGGCCAUGGCAAUGAGCAACUGGCUGUUGUUCCUGGGUAUUACCGGGUAUAUUGUAUUCAGCAAGGCGCGGCACGCCUGGGGCACUUUCUCACUGGACUGCAUCGAUGGCAUUGGCGAAUACUAUCGCUUAGCCAUUCCCAGUGCUGCAAUGAUGGCUUGCAGCUGGGCGGCGUUCGAACUUGUCACAUUUGGUUCAUCCAUCUUUGGUCCUGUUUCCCUGGCAGCCCAGGCGUGCAUGUUCACAGCAAUGUCGCUGACAUACCAGACACCGGCGGCAAUUGGGUCGGCAACUGCCACGCGUAUUGGCAACGCGCUGGGUCAAGGCAAGCACCGCCGUGCUCGCUAUGCCGCCUACGUAUCCAUCUCCACAGGAUACAUUGUUGGCAUUGUGUGCUCGACUAUACUUUUCACCCAUCGCCGCACUUGGGGUUAUAUCUUCAGCAAGGACGAGGAUGUUGUUGCAUUGUGUGCCAAAUUAAUGCCGCUUUUCGCCGCUGUGCAGACAUACGACGGCAUGAAUGGUCUGGUCGGCGGUAUUAUGCGCGCGCUGGGUAGACAGAGUCUUGGUGCGGCUUUGGCUUUCCCGUCAUUCUGGAUCAUGGGUAUUCCGUUAGGCUUUUAUCUCGGGAUGGGGCCGCCAAAGCUCGAGGUUGUUGGCUUGUGGUUGGGUUUGGUGCUGGGUGUGAUUGCGUAUUCGCUGUCGCAGCAGUGCUUUAUUCUUUUCUACGUCGAUUGGCGGCACGAGGUCAAGGCGUGCCUGAGCCGCGUAAUGGUGUCGCCGCAACCAAAUAAGCUCGUCACUGCGGAUUCAAUGGUAUCGUCAUCGGCCGCUUCAAUGGUCAGCUACGGGUCCAUGGUUUGA